UCCAGACUAUGCCGGGUCUUAGUGGAGGCAGGAAUCAUGGAUGCCCCGCCCCUUUCACCUGGAAGGGGCGGGGCAGCGGGCCCUGACGCCAUCAGAGAGCGUCCGAAGAGGUAGCGGGCGGGAGUUGGAGAUGUUGGAGUCGCUUUUGGCCCUUGGCGGCCUGGUGCUGCUGAGGGACUCCGUGGAGUGGGAGGGGCGCAGUCUCUUGAAGGCGCUUAUCAAGAAAUCUGCAGUGUGUGGGGAACAAGUCCACAUCCUGGGCUGUGAAGUGAGCGAGGAAGAGUUUCGUGAAGGUUUUGACUCCAGUAUCAACAGCCGGCUGGUUUACCAUGACCUCUUCAGAGACCCUCUCAACUGGUCAAAGACUGCAGAAGCCCUUCCUGGGGGGCCCCUGGGAGCCUUGAGAGCAAUGUGCAGGAGGACAAAUCCUGGUCCUGUCACCAUUGCUCUGGAUUCACUCAGCUGGCUGCUGCUUCACCUUCCCUGCACCACACUCUGCCAGACCCUGCAUGCUCUGAGCCAUCAGGACUCCCGCCCUGGUGACAGCUCCCCAGUGGAGCAGGUGCAUGUGCUGGGCCUGCUACAUGAAGAGCUUCAUGGCCCAGGCCCCGUGGGAGCAUUGAGCAGCCUUGCUCAGACUGAGGUGACCCUGAGUGGCACAAUGGGUCAGGCCUCUGCCCACAUCCUCUAUCGGAGGCCCCAACAGCGCCCAACCCAUCAGACUCAGUGGUUCUCCAUCCUGCCUGACUUCAGCCUGGAUCUCCAAGGGGGGCCCCGGCUAGAGUCCCAGCCCCACCCAGAUCCUCACACACCCCCGGUGGACCCCACGACUCAUUUGACAUUUAACCUUCACCUAUCCAAGAAAGAGAAAGAAGCCAAAGAUAGCCUGACCCUGCCCUUCCAGUUCAGCUCUGAAAAACAGCAGGCUCUACUGUGCCCUGGGCCAGGUCAGGCUACCAGCCACAUCUUCUAUGAGCCAGAUGCUUAUGAUGACCUGGACCAAGAAGACCCAGAUGAUGACCUAGAUGUUUGACUGGCCAGGAGAUCUGACUGGACUAUAAUUGGAAGGGGAGGAGGAAGACCUUGGGUCCCUAACUAUCCUUCUGUUGUUCAUGUUGUCCUUGCGCUGUCCCUGCUGCACCUUUGUUACCUGUGUCUACGGAGGCCCUGCCCUAUGACCCAUGAGGGAGCAACAUCUAAGCAGGGCCAAAAGUGCGAUGGGGGCAUGGGGGAAGGUGAGAGAAUAGAAACUCCCCCCAAGCCUAAUAAAAAUCUUAAUUUUUUUAUUAAAAAAGAAA